AUGAUAGUCACUUUGGUAACCUACCAAUCUUCUGCUGAAUUAUCUGGUUUUUCAAAUCCAAAUUUGAUAUCAAAGUUUUUCCAACAUCGUAUCAAUGUGCCAGAUUCAGAAUUAUGUUUUUUAAAUGCACUUAAUAAUGAAGAGCAACCUCCAACUGAACUUAACUGGAAUUCAAAAGGCUACGUUACACCGCCUAGGUAUCAAGGUGAUGAUUGCAAUACAUGCUUUAUUUUUUCGACAGUUGCAGCUGCAGAAUCAGCAUGGUACCGUUUUAAAGGUAAACCAACUGGUGAAAAGUUUAGUGAACAAGCAAUCCUCAAUUGCAUGUAUGAAGGAAAACCAGCAAUAGAAGAUCCAUGCCGUGAUGCGAAAGGUGGCCUUCCAAGUUUAGUUUUAGAACACAUGAUGGAACAUGGAUUAACACUAGCAGAAAAUGAGCCGUACGUCAACAAAACCGGACAUUGCGAAAAUUACCCAGUAGCGGCCAAACCAGUCAGCUACUGUCGUGGUGACAAUGUUGACGAUGAAAGUUUAAAAAGGCAACUUUUUCGUAACGGACCACUGAUUAUCAGAAUUGAUAUUAACAAUUUGGGCAAU